AUGUCUACUUUAAACAUUGCAAUGCCAAACACUAAACAAUGCACUCGCUGUGAUAAGUUCAAACCAAUUGCUGAAUUUACAAGACAAAGCGGAAACAAAAGUAAAAUAUUUCAAAGAUGCAAUAUCUGUGCAGACUAUGAAAAACAAAAUAAAAGAGAUAAAUGGCUUAAAACAAAAUCAUCUAGCAAUGACAAUUCUCCAUCUCUUUCUUUGAGCCAUGAAGAAACACCAUCCCUUUCUUUGGGUCAUGAGGACAUACCAAUCCUUUCCUUGAGCCAUGAAAAUAUACUAUCUCAUUCAUUUAGUCACAAAGAUAUGCCAUCCCUUUCUUUAAGUUAUGAAGAUACACCAUCUCUUACCUUGC